ACACGCUAUCAACACAUUGCAAGAUGAGAAAGUAGACUGACAGCGUGCUGGUUAUAGGAUAAGUCUAGCAUGCUGGAAUGAGGACAGAAUAACAUUUAAACUAGUCUUCUGGUUACUUGUGGUAGGAGACGUUGGCAAAAAUGGUGAAGGAGCAGUUUAGAGAGACAGAUGUGGCCAAAAAGAUAAGCCACAUCUGCUUUGGGAUGAAAUCUGCUGAACAGAUGCGUCAGCAGGCUCACAUCCAGGUGGUCAGCAAGAAUCUGUACAGCCAAGAUACCAAACACACUCCCCUGUCCUAUGGAGUGUUGGACCACCGGAUGGGCACCAGUGAGAAGGACAGACCCUGUUUAACAUGUGGCAAGAAUCUGGCAGAUUGUUUGGGACACUACGGCUACUUGGAUCUGGAGCUGCCCUGUUUUCAUGUCGGGUAUUUCAAAGCCAUCAUUGGAAUCUUACAGAUGAUUUGCAGGACCUGCUCGAGCAUCAUGCUGUCGAAGGAGGACAAGCUGCAGUUCAUGGAUCACUUGAAGCGGCCCACCCUAACCUACCUCCAGAAGCGCGGGUUGAAGAAGAAGAUCUCCGAUAAAUGCCGCAAAAGAACAAUCUGUCUGAGUUGUUCUGCCUUCAACGGUCCAGUGAAAAAGUGCGGCCUGCUUAAGAUCAUCCAUGAGAAGUAUAAGACAACCAAGAAGGUGGUGGAUCCGUUUGUGUCUGAGUUCAUGCAGUCCUUUGAUACGGCCAUCGAACACAACAAAGUGAUGGAGCCCCUGCUGACCAGAGCGCAGGAGAAUCUGAACCCGUUGGUGGUCCUGAACAUGUUCAAAAGGAUUCCCCAAGAGGACAUUCCCCUGUUGCUCAUGAACCCCGAGGCCGGGAAACCUGCGGACCUCAUCCUCACCCGCCUCCUGGUGCCUCCCCUCUGCAUACGCCCCUCUGUGGUCAGCGACCUGAAGUCAGGCACCAACGAGGACGACCUCACCAUGAAGCUCACUGAGAUUAUCUUCCUCAAUGAUGUCAUCAAAAAGCAUCGUAUGACAGGGGCCAAGACUCAGAUGAUCAUGGAGGACUGGGACUUCCUGCAGCUGCAGUGUGCUCUAUACAUCAACAGCGAGCUUUCUGGCAUCCCUCUCAACAUGGCGCCCAAGAAAUGGACCAGAGGCUUUGUUCAGAGACUCAAGGGAAAGCAAGGUCGAUUCAGAGGAAACCUCUCAGGGAAACGAGUGGACUUCUCCGGAAGAACCGUCAUUUCUCCAGACCCCAACCUCAGGAUCGACGAGGUGGCCGUCCCAGUGCAUGUGGCCAAAAUUCUGACGUACCCAGAGAAGGUGAACAAAGCCAAUCUGGAGCUAAUGAGGAAACUGGUACGAAACGGCCCCGAGGUUCACCCCGGAGCAAACUUCAUCCAAAAUCGCCACACGCAGAUGAAAAGGUUUUUAAAGUACGGAAACCGCGAGAAGAUGGCUCAGGAGCUGAGGUUCGGUGAUGUGGUGGAAAGGCACCUGAAAGACGGAGACAUCGUCCUCUUCAAUCGACAGCCGUCUCUACACAAACUCAGCAUCAUGGCACACAUUGCCAGAGUCAAACCUCACAGGACGUUCAGGUUCAACGAGUGUGUGUGCACCCCGUACAACGCCGACUUCGACGGUGACGAAAUGAACCUUCAUCUACCUCAGACCGAGGAAGCCAAAGCGGAGGCUCUGGUCCUAAUGGGGACAAAAGCCAACCUGGUCACUCCAAGAAACGGCGAACCUCUGAUUGCUGCUAUUCAGGACUUCCUGACAGGGGCCUACCUCUUGACCCUGAAGGACACCUUCUUUGAGAGAUCCAAAGCCUGUCAGAUUGUGGCGUCCAUUCUGGUCGGCAAAGAUGAAAAAGUCAGAAUCUCUCUGCCCCGCCCGUCUAUCAUGAAGCCAAUGGCUCUGUGGACGGGCAAACAGAUCUUCAGCCUCAUUCUAAGGCCAGGUAAAGACAGCCCAGUCAAGGCCAACCUGCGGACCAAAGGAAAACAGUACUGCGGCAAGGGAGAGGAUCUCUGCUACAACGACUCAUUCGUGGUGAUUCACAACAGCGAGCUCAUGUGUGGCACUAUGGACAAGGGCACCUUGGGAUCUGGCUCCAAGAACAACAUCUUCUACAUCCUGCUGAGGGACUGGGGACAGCUGGAGGCUGCUAAUGCCAUGUCCCGCCUGGCAAGACUCGCUCCGGUCUACCUGUCAAACCGGGGCUUUUCCAUCGGAAUUGGUGAUGUCACACCUGGCCAGGGUCUUCUCCAGGCUAAACACGAACUGCUGGAUGAUGGUUACAAGAAGUGCGACGAGUACAUCGAAGCCUUAAAGACAGGCAAGCUCCAGCAGCAACCUGGCUGCACGGCGGAGGAGACUCUGGAGGCUCUCAUCCUGAGAGAGCUGUCUGUCAUCAGAGACAGAGCUGGCAGUGCCUGCCUACGAGAACUGGACAAGAGCAACAGCCCUCUGAUCAUGGCUCUGUGCGGCUCCAAAGGGUCCUUCAUUAAUAUCUCUCAGAUGAUCGCCUGUGUGGGCCAGCAGGCCAUAAGUGGCUCUCGAGUGCCUGAUGGUUUUGAGAACCGCUCCCUGCCUCACUUCGAAAAACACUCAAAGCUGCCUGCUGCUAAAGGCUUUGUCGCUGAUAGCUUUUAUGACGGCCUGACGCCCACAGAGUUCUUCUUCCACACCAUGGCUGGUCGAGAGGGACUGGUGGACACAGCUGUGAAAACUGCAGAGACUGGAUACAUGCAGAGGCGUCUGGUCAAGUCCCUGGAGGAUUUGUGCUCACAGUACGACCUGACGGUACGCAGCUCCACCGGCGACAUCAUCCAGUUUAUUUAUGGCGGAGAUGGUCUGGACCCCGCCGCCAUGGAGGGAAAGGAUGAGCCACUGGAGUUUAAGAGAGUCCUGGACAACAUCCGGGCUGUCUACACAUGUCCCAAUGAGCCUGCACUCAGUCAGAACGAGCUCGUUCUCACAGCGGACGGCAUCAUGAAGAGAGCGGACUUCAAGUGCUGCAGAGACAGCUUCCUGGAGGAGUUAACUGAGACAGGCUCAGAGAAGUACCUGGAGGAGAUAAAGAAAUUCAUCAAGAGCAUCUCAGAAAGGAUAAAGAAGACCAGAGACAAGUAUGGCAUCAACGAUAACGGCACCAGCGAGCCAAAAGUUCUCUAUCAGCUGGACCGCAUAACCCCCACCCAGCUGGAGAGGUUCCUUGAAACCUGCAGAGACAAGUACAUGAGAGCUCAGAUGGAGCCCGGCUCAGCGGUAGGAGCUCUUUGUGCCCAGAGCAUCGGAGAGCCUGGCACUCAAAUGACCCUGAAAACCUUCCACUUCGCCGGUGUAGCCUCCAUGAAUAUCACUCUGGGGGUCCCUCGCAUCAAAGAGAUCAUCAAUGCCUCAAAGAACAUCAGCACACCUAUAAUCACCGCUCAUUUGGAUGUGGAGGAUGACGCUGACUUCGGGAGGCUGGUGAAGGGAAGGAUUGAGAAAACUCUGCUGGGAGAGAUUUCUGAGUACAUCGAAGAGGUCUUUCUACCUGACGACUGUUUCAUCCUGGUGAAAUUGUCACUGGAGAGAAUCAGGCUGCUGCGACUAGAGGUAAACGCAGAAACGGUGCGUUACUCCAUCUGCAUGUCCAAACUCCGAGUGAAGCCAGGAGACAUCGCGGUGCACGGCGAGGCGGUGGUGUGCGUGUCCCCACGGGAGAACAGCAAAAGCUCCAUGUACUACGUGCUGCAGACGCUGAAAGAGGAUCUUCCUAAGGUGGUGGUUCAAGGUAUACCUGAGGUCUCCCGAGCCGUCAUCCACAUCGACGAGCAGACCGGCAAGAACAAGUACAAACUCCUGGUGGAGGGGGACAACAUGAGAGCCGUCAUGGCAACGCACGGAGUUAACGGGAGCAGGACCACUUCAAACAAUACAUACGAGGUUGAAAAGACUUUGGGUAUUGAAGCUGCUAGAUCCACCAUCAUCAACGAGAUCCAGUACACCAUGGUGAACCACGGGAUGAGCAUAGACCGGCGUCACGUCAUGCUGCUGGCGGAUCUCAUGUCCUACAAGGGGGAGAUUCUCGGGAUCACCAGGUUCGGUUUGGCCAAAAUGAAGGAGAGCGUCCUCAUGCUGGCCUCCUUUGAGAAAACGGCCGAUCAUCUCUUUGACGCCGCCUACUUUGGUCAAAAAGACUCCGUCUGCGGUGUUUCUGAGUGCAUCAUUAUGGGGAUUCCAAUGAAUAUCGGAACAGGACUCUUUAAACUCCUACACAAGGCGGACAAGGAUCCCUCUCCAGUCAAAAGACCUCUUCUCUUUGACAGCCCAGACUUUCAUGUACCUCUGAUUAGGUAGCAAGAAGAAAAGAGAGCACGUCCCCCCCCCCCCCCCUCUGAAGCCUGCUGUCUACACAGGUUGACAUUAUUUUGAGAAAAAUCAGAAGUGCCUGCAGAAGUGUCAGAUAAUUUGCUCCUUUGGGAUCCUAAUUUCCAACGGGUUGCCGUCUUUCUUUUCUGCCAUGACAUUGCUUAUGCAGAUGCUGCAAUUUUCAUUUCAAGAAGAAAGCUUAUUAGCAUGUAGGAGAUGUUAAAGAUGCUCAUCGUGUUCAGUUAGAACUUUGUAAACUUUGAGGACAAAACUUCAGUACUUGAAACCUUUUUCUGUUUUUUACAUUUCUUUCUGGCUUAUUGUUUGUAUAACGGUGUGUUUCCUCUGUUACUGUCAUCUUUUGUUCCCUCAAUAAUGGCACCUAACACUGGUUGUUGUUUUUUUUUUUUGCAGUGUUUUGUGUGUGCAGACUGCAGACUUAAGAUGACCUCUUGAUCAUGAAGUAGAUCUCCUCAUGUUUGCCUUGUUUGUGUGUUCAUUGCAUUAUAAACUGCUUGUUUGUUUGCAUAGGAGCUUAAAUGAGAAAAGUUGACUUUUCACUCACACUUGCAAACGUGACAUCAGGAAUGGGGUUAAGUUUGUCUUUUUAGAAACGUAUUUGUUCUGCAGACGUCUGUUGAGGGUUGAAAUCAUCCAAACUUCCUGGAAGCAGUUCAUAUAAUAUAAUAUUGUACAUAAUGUAAUAAAAAUACAUGAACUAGAA